AAAUACCUCUUUUUGACGCUUUGUGGCGUUGUUUUGAAUUCAAGAACCUCAGACAUUUGCGAGGGUAUCUGCUUGAAAUGCUCAGACUGCAAACCAUGUCCCCAGAUGAUUUGUGGUGACGAAGUUAACGGUUUGAUGUUUAAGAAGAACUGUUGCUUCAGGAUUCCAAAAGAUGACAUGGUCCCGAAAUGUAAAAGUAUAUGCUUUCCAGAUGAAGGAACACACUAUGAGACUGCUAUAGAACUAAUUUCAGAGGAACUCAUGAACCUGAAAAUGUUGCUGGAAGAGAAAGACAAACAGUUGGAAAGUAAAGACAAUGAAAUAAAAGAACUGAAAGAAAAACUGGAAGUAAAGGUAUUCAACGAAACUUUAACGAAAGACAAAAAUGAGUCUUCUACGACAGACACAAAAGGCUGCAACGGAGCUGGUGGAGUACUUUGCAAACUUGCUAUUGGUUACGUCGGGAUCAGGUGUGUCGUGUUUCUGUCUGGUCAGAUCUUCAUUUGUUUUCAACAGUUGAGAAAACUCGUCAAAGAAAAACGGAAAGAUAUCGCAGACACCAGUGUUCACAAACCAUUAUUGAACUCUACAUCAAUUGAUAUUUAUCCUAAUUCUCAAGACUGCGCUGAAACAAAUGACACAAAACUCGAACCUUUAACACAAUGCAAUGAGUCUGAACAACAACACCCUAAACCUGAACAGCAAUACACUGAACCUGAGCUACAACACAGUGAUCCUGAGCCACAACACACUGAUCCUGAACCACACCGCUCUGAAACUGGCCUAAAACAAACUGAAGCUAAGCCACAAUGCACUGAUCGUAAGCCACACCGCUCUGAACAUAAGCUACAAGAAAUUGAACCUGAGCUACAACGAACUGAUUCUGUGCCACAACGAAUUGACUCUGUGCCACAACGAACGGACUCUGCGGCACAACAAACUGACUCUGCGCCACAACGAACGGACUCUGUGCCACAACGAACUGAUUAUGUGCCACAACGAACGGACUCUGUGCCACAACGAACUGAUUAUGUGCCACAACGAAUUGACUCUGUGCCACAACGAACGGACUCUGUGCAACAAACUGACUCUGUGCCACAAAGAAUUGAUUCUGUGCCACACCGAACUGACUUUGUGCCUCAACCAACUGACUCUGUGUCACAACACACUGAACCUUUAACGAAAAAACGCAAUGAACCUUUAACGGAACACACUGGUAUUCCAGUUACUAAAACUGAUUCACAAGGUACUGAAAAUGAUUCGCAAUGCACUGACAUUGAUUUACAUAAUAAGAAACAUGAACCACACGUGGCUUUAAAGGGUGCGAUACCUUCUGCUUCCGAUGUAGGAUAUCUCAACGCAGAUGAACACCUAAGUGGUACCUCUGAAUGUCAACAUUGUCCUCCGAAUUUGGAAGGGUCUCGUGUUACCUGCAAAGCAAGGGAGCUGCAGGUUAUUGCUAACCGGGAAAGAGCAGAAAGCGCUGAAAACUAUAUGAUAAAACAGGAUAUAUCAAAUGAUCACAAUCGAGCUGUCAGUGUAUCACAUGGUAAACAGAUCGACGCGGACACAUCUAAUGUCAAGAUGACAAUUCAAGAUGUAAAAUCUUCCAUCGAUUCCAACACAGAACUAAGUAAAUGAGAAGAAAAUUCCUAAGGAUACGUCACACAAAAAUGUACCAGAAUCUAAACACAAACAAAUAUGCAAAUGUAAACGCGUGCAUGUGUAUACGAAAUGAUGAAAAGGAACAAACUUUUUUUAUACACUUAGUGAUAAUGUUGAUGAGUAUUAACGUAAAGACAAUGAGUUUAACAUGUACAUUUAUUAAUAUUAUAUACUGAUUUGCAUUGCAACAAUCAUGCAUUUUGACAAAGGCAUUCAAAGUUCAUUAAAUUGAAAAGUGUUCUUUAUCAUUGCAAUUAUCCUGUGUUUUUUGUUGUGGAACAACAUGUUUACUGACUGCAUUCCGUCACGUUAAUAUUACCGAUGCAGUGCAAUUUGCUUUUAUCAGCAUACAAGCUUUUUAGGAGGGGGAUAUGACAUUUAUCAACCUAUUUACAUAUGACAUAUGACAUAAUGAAUAUGUUGUUUCCUAUUUGUUAAAAUAUAACAGAGACAAUUUAGAUAAUUUAAAUAGAUUUCCAAUGGAACCAUUGCAAUGGACGGAAAACAUUUUGAGUGUCUAGAAUUGAUACUGAAAAAUAUAUAUAUUGAUUGUCAAUAUAUACUGUUGUAAAUUGCUCAGCAUUCGACAUUUGUUUCCGUAACAUGUAUAAAUGUUUUGUUUUAUUUACCAAAUACAAUCUGAUGAAUAUGUUUUUUGAAUGUUUGAGUGACGAAUACAUAUUGUGUUUAUGUUGAAUUGGGCUAGUUUAAAGUUCAAAAUGUUAGCAUUGAAAUAAGAAUUUUAGAAGAGUGCUAAAUAUUGAGUAUAGAAAAAGGUGCUUGUAAAAGAAUCUGGUUAUGCGAAUGUGUGAUUAAUCCAUAUAAUGUAUUUAACCUGUCUUUGCGUAUGAAUACAUAUAUUUUUUGCUAUGGUUUUGCUACAAUAUAUAUUUUUGCUUGUUGUUUUUUUUUUAAAUUGCUAGACUGAUGCGUUGCUAUUCUUGGUUGACAAGCCAUGAUACUGUAUUUUAAAAUAAUUGCUGUAAUGUGAGAGUGUAUGUAGUUUGUAUUAGUUGGCUGCCAUUCGAAUUGCUGACCAGAUGGGUUGUCGGUUAGGUUGAUAAUCCCUGAUAAUAUGCUUAAAUAUUGCUUGUUGUUGGAAAUAAUGUGUUGUAAGGUGUUUGUGUUCCAUGACUUUGUAACAGUUUGCGGGGCUGCCGAAGUAUUUGCUAGACAGCUGGAUUACCGGUCUUGGUUGGCAAGCUAUGAUAAUAUGUUUGAAAAUAUCAUUUGAUUUAGUGUUAGAAAGUAAGAUAAUUGUGUUACAUAUGUUUAAAACAGAUGGCGUGGCAGCAAAUUAAAUUUUUGACCGAUAAGUUGCCUGUCUUGGCUGGCAAGGAAUGAUAAUGUAUUUGAAAUAGUGCUGUUGAAAUACUUACAUUGUUUAGGCGCUUACUUAUAGGCAUUGAAGAAAUUAAAUAGUUGUUCCAAUGAUUUGGAAAUACUUGAGGAACAAGCAAGGUCGUAUAGCAAAUUGUAUGACAUAUACUGUAGUAUAUACAACCAGGUUUCAUAUAUUUUCAACAUAUAAUGGAUGAAUGAGAGCUCUCAUGUAUGGAAGUUAUUGAAUAUGCCUUACGUAGUUUAUGAAAAUAAAUAUAAUGUUUCCUUGGUAUUUAAACUGCUGGUAAUUUUUAUAUUAACAAGAUUUUUAAAUUCUACUGCUGAUUGGAUAUUCAGAACGUAACUCAUUCAUGUUUUAUCCAUAUUGUACAUGGUCGCUAGGUAGCUGUUUGAAAUGCAUACACUCCAGACAUAUCGAUAUGUUUUAAUGUUAACAUAAUUAAAUCAAAUGGUCACUUAGAACAUGCAUUUUUAUUUUUUUAAUAUUUUGUUAAUAAACUCCAUUUA